AUGGCGGAUAGUCAUCAGUGCUCCUCGCGCGAUGACAGCUAUAUCGAAAUGGAAAAGCAAAUGACCUCGAAGGCAUGCAAAUGGAACCAUACCGGUAUGGGCCAUGGAAUUAUCAUGUCAAACAUGAUUGCUCGGAUCAACCCUAUGGUGUCGCUCGCAGUUCUGAAGCUGUGGGACGGAUUCGCUCCUGAUUGGACACGCAUCAUCUACUCCGAGGCAGCGGCCCAAGCGAUUCGUUGCGAUGUCUGCCGCAAAGUGUAUGUCAUCCCCAUGUCGUGGACAAUGCGACCAAAGACCAGCAUCAAGGCUAGCAAAGAUCAAAGCACGCCUACAGAUGCAUCCAUGAACAGAGGUGAAGCUGGAGCAUCACAACAAGCCACCAUCGACAGGCAGACGAUGGCAAUCAGGGAAUUGGAGCAAAGAAUCGAGGAAGUCGACGAAUCUGGCAUCAUCAUGUUUUGCUCAGCGAGCGACGACAUCGCCGUGGGAGAAACGCUCCUUUUCUGCCGCAAGCCUAACAGCAUCAUCCGCAUCGGCGGUGCCAUGCAAUACGGUCAGCGCGACCCCAUCUCGGAGGAUCCGGACAGCAUCAGCUACUACUUUCCGGGGAACCAGGUCGCCGAGGCGUGGAACCCGCUUCGCGACGCGUCCAAAGUGCGCUACCAGGGCGGUUCGUCGGUGGGCAAGGCGUUGGCGGCGGGCUUGGCGAGCGUCGUUAUCCAUUGCGCCAUUAUGCUGCGCAACGGACGCCCGGUCGCCAGCCCCCAGUACCCCGACGCUCAGGCUCUGGUGGAGGCGUUGAGGAAGACCGGGAACAUGCGGCUGUCGUUUGACAGCGUGUCUGAGGUCGAUGACGAGACUGAGGGGUGGAGGAAGAGCAAGUAUCUAUCCGUCUGGGCGCUGUUUGGCAAAGCGGCCGAGAUGGAGAGUCUGAGGGAUUAUGAGCGGUGGGGUGUGUUGGCUGGGUUGAUGAAGAGGAUAUCUGCCAUGAUUAAAUAG